GGUCGAACAAGACCAGACCAGACCACGCAAAUCCUCUGGCUCUGGCACCAGCCGGCCGUCGUUCCCCAUCCCCUCGCCGCCGGCACCACCGUACCGCCGCGGCGCCAUGCUCCGGCUGCGAAGCUCCAUCCUCGCCCAUCUCCUCUCUUCUUCUCAAGCCACCUCUCCCGCAUCCCCUCUCCACCGCCUCCUCUCGGUCGCCAUUUCCCCAAGCACCGGAUUCGCCGUGGAGAACUACCUCUUCUCCACCUGCGGCCUCACGCGGGCACAGGCCGUCAAGGCCUCCCGCAAGCUCCCCCGCCUCAAGUCCCCCGCCAAUCCCGACGCCGUGCUCGCCUUCCUCGCCGGCCUCGGCCUCUCCGGCGCCGAUGCCGCCGCGGUCGUCGCCAAGGACCCGCAGCUCCUCUGCGCCAGCGUGGAGAGAACCCUGGCGCCCAUCGUCGCCGGGCUCUCUGACCUCGGCCUAUCGCGUUCCGAAAUCGCACGCCUCGCCUCGCUCGCCGCCCACAGAUUCCGCAGAAAGGACACCGUCUCCAAGCUCGAGUACCACCUGCGCCUCUUCCGCUCCUCCGAGAACCUCCUCCGGGCCAUGAAGUUCUGCGAUCUCAUCUCGCACAGCCUCGAGAGGGUGGUCAAGCCCAAUGUCGCGUUGCUGCGCGAGUGCGGGUUAGGUGAUUGCGAUAUUGCCAAGCUGUGCAUCUCAAGGCCGAGGAUGAUCACCGCCAACCCGGAGCUUGUCCAGGCGAUGGUGACAUGCGCCGAAGACAUAGGUGUGCCCCGUGGCUCUGUCAUGUUCAGGCACGCGCUGCAUGCUGUUGCAUCUGUCGGCAAGGAGGAGAUCUUGCUGGGAUGUCCAGCCAAAGUGGAGUACUUGAGGAACACGUUCAGGUGGACGGAUGCUGAGGUGGCCAUUGCUGUUUCUAAGGCUCCAGCGGUGCUGACGAAGGCUAAGGAAUCGCUGCAGCGCAGAUCCAAGUUCCUCAUCUGCGAGCUGGGGUUGGAACCGGCACACAUUGCUUAUCGUCCGGCAAUGCUCAUGUACAGCUUGGAGGGCCGGAUCAGACCCCGGCACUACGUUAUAAAGUUUCUCAAGGAAAAUGGAUUGCUCAAGUGUGACCCGAGCUACUAUACUGUUUUCAAGGAGUCUGAGAAGACAUUCAAGAAGAAGUUCAUACACCCUCAUAAGGAAGCUGCACCGAACCUGGAAAAAGACUAUGAUGCUGCUUGCAAGGGGGAAGAGCCCACUAAUUUCAGAUUCACAUAAGCCGAGAAUGGGCUCUGAUGUAACUGUUUGCUGGUUGUCCGCUGCUGUAUCUGUAUGUCUGCUAGAUGCUGGGUCGGUUGUUGUUAAUUGUUAUGAAACUGAUAAUUUGAUCCCUGAAUACUGAUAUGUAAUGUCACCACUCAGCAGAGAAGAAACCAUGUAUCAGUUAUGAACUUUUUCGUCCCCAUUCAUGUUUUUAAA